CGCCGGGCCGCGGGAGAAACGUUGCUGAACUGCUGCUGAAAGGGCCGAGAUGCCAGGAUUUGGGACACAUUUUGAACCUCUAAGCUGUCUGACAUUGACCUCCUUUCAUUAUUAAUAAAGAAGAGCAGGCGCUUAGGGUGUAUUAACAGCAACUCAUUAAUGUACUAACUGGACAAUGUUCUGCAAACAGUGCUCCACUGUAAAGGACUGGAUGGGCACAGAAUAAAACCAUUUCAUAUUCUACUCAGCUUAUCAUAGGACUCAAUGGAGGACAAUUUGAUAAGCAUGAGGGAAGACCAUUCUUUUCAUGUUCGCUACAGGAUGGAAGCUUCCUGCCUCGAACUGGCCUUGGAAGGGGAGCGUCUGUGUAAGUCGGGAGACUGUCGUGCUGGCGUGUCAUUCUUUGAAGCCGCAGUUCAAGUUGGGACUGAAGACUUGAAAACGCUCAGUGCUAUUUACAGCCAGCUGGGCAACGCUUACUUCUAUUUGCACGAUUAUGCCAAAGCAUUAGAAUACCACCAUCAUGAUUUAACCCUUGCAAGGACCAUUGGAGACCAGCUGGGGGAAGCCAAAGCCAGUGGUAAUCUGGGAAACACCUUAAAAGUUCUUGGGAAUUUUGAUGAAGCAGUAGUUUGUUGUCAGCGACACCUGGAUAUUUCCAGAGAGCUCAAUGACAAGGUGGGAGAAGCAAGAGCACUUUACAAUCUUGGAAAUGUGUUCCAUGCCAAAGGGAAAAGUUUUGGCUGCCCAGGUCCCCAGGAUGUGGGGGAAUUUCCAGAAGAAGUGCGGGAUGCUCUGCAGGCGGCCGUGGAUUUUUACGAGGAAAACCUGUCACUAGUGACUGCUUUGGGUGACCGAGCAGCCCAAGGACGAGCCUUCGGAAAUCUUGGAAACACACAUUACCUGCUGGGCAACUUCCGGGAUGCAGUCAUCGCUCAUGAGCAGCGUCUCCUGAUUGCAAAAGAAUUUGGAGAUAAAGCAGCUGAGAGAAGAGCCUACAGCAACCUUGGCAAUGCAUAUAUAUUUCUUGGCGAAUUUGAAACUGCCUCUGAAUACUACAAGAAGACACUACUCUUGGCUCGACAGCUUAAGGACCGGGCUGUGGAAGCACAGGCUUGCUAUAGUCUGGGCAACACGCACACUCUGCUCCAGGACUAUGAAAAGGCCAUUGACUACCACCUGAAGCACUUGGCAAUUGCACAGGAGCUCAGCGACAGAAUUGGUGAAGGAAGAGCAUGCUGGAGCUUAGGAAAUGCAUACACAGCUCUAGGAAAUCAUGAUCAAGCGAUGCAUUUUGCUGAAAAGCACUUGGAAAUUUCAAGAGAGGUUGGGGAUAGGAGUGGUGAACUCACAGCACGACUGAACCUCUCAGAUCUUCAGAUGGUUCUUGGUCUGAGCUACAGCACAAACAAUUCCAUAAUGUCUGAAAAUAUUGACAUUGAUAACAGUUUGCAUGGUGCACGAGCCAAGUUGGGACGCCGACACAGUAUGGAAAAUAUGGAACUGAUGAAGUUGACACCAGAAAAGGUACAGAACUGGAACAGUGAAAUUCUUGCUAAACAAAAACCUCUUAUUGCCAAACCUUCUGCAAAGCUCCUCUUUGUCAACAGACUGAAGGGGAAAAAAUACAAAACAAAUUCCUCCACUAAAGUUCUCCAAGAUGCCAGUAAUUCUAUUGACCACCGAAUUCCAGCGUCUCAGAGGAAAAUCAGCGCAGACACUAUUGGCGACGAAGGGUUCUUCGACCUGUUAAGCCGAUUCCAAAGCAACAGAAUGGACGAUCAGAGAUGCUGCUUGCAGGAGAAGACCCACCGCACAGCGUCCACAGCGCCUCCGUCCACUCCCGCCACGGUGCUCGAAAAACCAUCUGUCUCUGUGGUGUCCCCCAACACGGAUGAAUUUUUAGACCUCCUUGCCAGCUCCCAGAGCCGCCGUCUGGAUGACCAGAGGGCCAGUUUCAACAAUUUGCCAGGGCUUCGUCUAACACAAAACAACAGCCCAUCAGUGCUUAGCCACCUGGUGACAAAUGACAGCCGAGAGCCCGAUGACGACUUCUUUGACAUCCUUGUCAAAUGUCAAGGAUCCAGAUUAGAUGAUCAGAGAUGUGCUCCACCACCUGCCGCCACCAAGGGCCCAACGGUACCAGAUGAAGACUUUUUCAGCCUCAUUUUACGGUCUCAGGCGAAAAGAAUGGAUGAACAGAGAGUUCUCUUACAAAGAGAUCAAAACAGAGACGCUGAAGUGGGGCUAAAGAGCCUUUUGCAAAAUAAUGCUUUGUUGGAAUUGAAAAAUUCAGGAAAAAAAUUACCAAACCACUAGUUACUAUGGAUUUUAUUUUUUAAGACCUUCUUUCCUUUCAGGACAUUGCAGGAAAACCCAGUCUAUUCCUUUUCUCCACAAAAGGAGGCUUACAAUGUUCUAGAACGCUGUAAAUAUUUCAUGAAGUAGAGUAGGAAGAAUCCCAUUUCUCUGGACGCUCACUUGUCUCAGGGUGGAGGUGUCUUGGAAGGUGCUUCAUUCGUCUCUGUGAUCACUGCUUGGGAUGUGUUCUCUGAAAACCUGUUAGAUUCCUCUAGCUAGUAUUUGUAAAGUAGAAAGCUAAGUGAAUCCUAGACUAGGAUGUAAUCCUCUUGCGGAGAUAGGUUUUUAAAAAUCUUAAUUGACAAUGGUAUUUUUUUAUACUCAACCCUGGAUAUAGUGGGAAAUUACGCUGUUUAGUAACAGUAAUGUACUUGACCAAUGUAAAAAGGUAUAUAAGAUAGUCUUA